AUCAUGACUUGACCGGGAACGUUGACAUUGAAACUAAAGUAUGUGUAAUCCUCUCUUUCCUCUAAACUACCACCAUGUUAUAUCUCGGAUUGCCCUUGACUAGGAUAUCCAGGCUAACAUGCACGCACUCUCUCCGAUUUUCAAGCUCAGUAGCCACCAAAAUACCUCAUUUUCCGUGUGUCGAGGUUCAUGCUGCUCGUGAAUCUCGGAUACGAGAAACCACCCUACAUGCUUCUUCUAUUCCCGAAUCUACGGAACCUGGAGCAGGCCCAGAGCCCCCUUAUGCUCGCCCCAAUCCUAAAUCAUACAAGAUGUACCACGAUCCCUCCCCACUUCAGCUAACGUAUUCAUCUGACCCCUUACCGUCUUUUGAGGUGGCAUACGAAACCUGGGGAACCCUCUCACCCACCAAGGACAACGUUAUCCUGCUCCACACCGGCCUCUCAGCCUCCUCACAUGCUGCUUCGACACCCAGUAACCCUACCGAAGGAUGGUGGGAGAAGUUCAUCGGUCCUGGAAAAGCACUCGAUACUAGCCAAUUCUACGUGGUUUGUUGCAAUGUACUUGGAGGAUGCUACGGUUCCACAGGUCCUUCUUCCACGAACGACUUAACCGGUAGACGUUACGCGACCAAUUUCCCGAUAAUAUCCAUAUUCGAUAUGGUCCGCGCUCAAUUCCGAAUGUUGGACUAUUUGGGAGUGGAUAAACUCUACGCGAGUGUGGGAAGUUCUAUGGGGGCUAUGCAGAGUCUUGCCGCUGGAUGGCUAUUUCCAGAUAGAGUUGGGAAGAUUGUUAGUAUCAGCGGGACGGCCCGAAGUUCGCCCUCUGCAAUAGCGAUGCGUUUUGCCCAACGUAGUGUUCUUAUGGCAGAUCCUAACUGGAAUAACGGAUUCUACUACGAUGGUCUACCCCCACAUACGGGGAUGAAGUUAGCGCGACAAAUCGCUACCAUAACUUACAGAUCUGGUCCCGAGUGGGAUCUUCGUUUUGGACGCAGUUUUAGACCCCUUCCAGAAGCUGAGCCUAAUGCACCACAUCCUCCUGCGCUCUGUCCCGAUUUCCUGAUCGAGACAUAUCUCGACCACCAGGGUGAACAAUUCUGCCUCAAGUACGACGCCAACUCCCUCAUCUACAUCUCAAAGGCGAUGGAUAUGUUUGACAUGACGCAUUCCGUCCUCAAGUCCCUGAACUUACACCCCUCAACGACCUCAGUUCCUUCACCAUCAUCCACGCCACCCUCUCCCCCGCAUAAAACUUCUCAUUCUAAAUCACACCCCCCACCUAGUAACCCACCGGCCUAUCUUCCACAACUUGCAGAAGGAAUGAAACCUUUAGUUAAUAUUCCGACCCUUGUUCUAGGAGUACAAAGCGAUAUUUUGUUCGGGGUAGAACAGCAACGCGAGGUAGCGGAUGCAUUGCGUAUGGCUGGUAAUGAGAAUGUCUCGUAUUAUGAAUUGGGAGGUGUUUGGGGUCAUGAUACUUUCUUGCUUGAUGUCCUUAAUGUCGGCGGUGCCAUACGUGGCUUUCUGUCUUGACCGGAUUGGGUGCUAUUUCGAAUUGCUUCACUCAUCGUACACUACCAAAACUGGCCCAUGUUGUACAGAUAUAUAUGUGCUACUUUAUAUAUAUCCCAUAAACUCAAUAUAUCAUGAAAAUAUCUUGACCAUGCUGUA